UGCCAGUAUUACAGUUUACAAAUAAAUCAGGUGACACAUUUUUAUUCGUGACGUCAGCGGAAUGGAUAUUAUGCGCCAGCCCAGGGUAGACGAGGAACUGCGCCAGACAUUGAAGGAAAAUGAUUGCGCAAUGUCCACUAUUUUGGAACCUUCCUCCAUGACAAAAGGUGAAAUCAAUUUCCACAAAGCUGCCAGAGAAAAUGAUCUCGAAUCUGUCCGAAAAUUAUUGUCCGAACAUCGUAUUAACGUCAACUGUAAAAACAAUUUGGAUCGAACAGCUUUACACUGGGCAGCUGCUAACGGCAACAUAGAAGUCAUAGAGAAACUCAUGGAAGACGGUGCCGACCUGGAAUCGAAGGACAAGUAUGGAAUGCGUCCAGUUCUUUGGGCGGCCUGGCUUGGACAUUUAGAUGCUAUUAAGGUGCUAAUUACCGGAGGUGCUACUCCACUCUGCACAAAUAAGCAAGGAAUGGGUAUUCUUCACUGUGCUGCACAAAACAACCACGUGGAUGUGAUGAACUUUAUAUUUGAAUCACUGGAAAACAUCAAUGUCAAUGAAGAAGAAAUGACUGGGCGGACUCCCAUUCAUCUGGCAGCAGAAGCAGGUCAUAUAGAAGCGGUGAUGCGACUGAUCGACAUGCGCUGUGAUGCAAACAGAAGGGAUAAGGAGGGUAAAACAUCAUUGCAUUUAGCCGCAGAAGCUGGAAAGAGUGACGUCAUCAAAAAAUUACUUACCCUUGGGGUGGAAGUCAGUGAUAGAGAUGUGGAAGGUAGAACAGCCAUGCAUAUCGCAGCAGAAGAAGGCCAUUUAAACGUCAUAGAGGUCCUUUUUGAUUUUGAUGCAAAAGCUGAUGCAGAAACAAUAAAAGAGAUGAGCCCUCUUCAUUUUGCUGCCUUGAGGGGACACACGGAAAUCGUGAGCUCACUGAUAGACCACGGUGCCCAGUUAGACGUGGUUAACUUUCAAGGAAAUACACCCCUACAUCUAGCCGCCCAGAAUAAUCAACCAGACGUAACGAAAAUUCUUAUCAAGAAUAUGUGCCAAGUCAACAUUCAAAACUACAGACAAAUGACAGCUCUUCAUAUAGCCGUCGAGUCUGGUUUUCAAGAUAUUGUGGAAAUUUUACUCGAUGCCAACGCUAGUCUCGACUUGAGAGAAAAGUUGGGAAAGACGCCGCUACAACUUGCUGCCAGGGGGAGCUUUGUUGCAAUUGUUGAUAUGAUUAUCAAAGCUGAGAGGUACUAUGAAGUUUCAAGGGACUACCUAGACAAGGAAUUAGAUGACCUUGACCCACAUUUAUAUCUACGACAGCCUCGCCAUCCUUCCGCAGGUCAAAUGAAAGAUAUUCUUUGGAAGCUCGCCACUAAACAGCUGAAGUCUGGGGACUGGAAAAAGCUUGCUCUAUACUGGAAAUUCACAGCAGAACACAUCAGGUCCAUAGAACAUCAGUAUACGGGAACACACAGCUACAAGGAACAUGGGUUUCGUUUGUUAAUGAUAUGGCUGCACGGAGUGAGAAAAGACGAAAACAUCAUGAGGCUUUUAUUUGAAGCUCUAUCUGCAAUUGACAGGAGGAGCUUAGCAGAGCAAAUUAGGCGGAGAGCAGAUUUGAGGAGAGAAAAAUUUUGUAUGAAUGUACUUUGUUCUAUUGUAUGACUUAGGUUUGCCAAUACAUGAAAAACCUGGUCAAUCAAUUCAAUUGUAAACUACAUUGGUGCUAUGAAAUAACACAAUUUAUUUUGUUUUUAUUUCCUUUAAAAGGACAUUGUUUUGUAAUUCUUGAGUGAUUUUAAAGGAUGU